GCGUCUGCAGUUUACUGAUAUCGUGUUAUUUAAAUACCCAGAUGUGAACGGAUAACGUUCUUCUCGCGGAAAGUGUCGGUGUGUAUACGUACGUUGCUUCGUAUAGUGAUUUGUCAAAAGAUCAUUUAUUUCACUAUGUCUGAAUUUGGCACUCGAGCUAUUCAUGCUGGACAAAACCCAGAAAAAUGGAAUCACAGGGCUGUCAUUCCACCCAUAUCAUUAGCAACUACAUUUCAGCAAUUUGCGCCAGCCCAACAUGCUGGUUUUGAGUACUCUAGAAGUGGAAAUCCAACUAGACAAUCCUUAGAAGAAUGUUUGGCAUCACUAGAAAGUGCAAAAUAUGCUCUAUGCUUUGCUUCGGGAUUAGCAACAACAUUAAGUCUAAUACAUCUGUUACAGUCUGGGGAACAUGUUGUAUGUUUUGAUGAUCUUUAUGGAGGAACGAAUAGGUAUUUUAGAACUUGUGCUUCCAAAAUGGGAAUUGAAGUAACAUUUGUAGAUAUGCGUGAUGUUAAAAGUGUCGAAAAUGCUAUACAGCACAAUACUAAGAUGAUUUGGAUUGAAACACCCACAAAUCCCACAAUGAAAAUGGUUGACAUUGAAGAAGUUUGUAAAUUGCUGAAGCAUUAUCCCGGCAUUAUUUCAGUGGUAGAUAAUACAUUUAUGUCAUCUUACUUUCAGAAACCUCUUACUCUGGGAGCUGAUAUUGUGAUGCAUUCUUUGACAAAAUAUAUGAAUGGCCAUUCUGAUGUUGUAAUGGGUGCUAUUGCUACAAACAAUGAAGAAAUCUACAAGCAAAUGAAAUAUUUCCAAAAUUCUCUAGGAACUGUGCCUUCACCUUUUGAUUGUUUCUUGGUGAACAGGGGAUUAAAAACACUUCACCUGCGAAUGGAAAGACACAUGCAAAAUGCAAUGGCUAUAGCUGAAUUUUUAGAAAAACACCCAGCUGUUGAGAAGGUUAUCUAUCCAGGCCUUAAAAGUUAUCCUCAAUAUGAACUUGCAAAGAAACAGUGUACAGGAUUUAGUGGAAUGGUUUCAUUUUAUUUAAAAGGUAGUUUGAAAGAAGCUAAGAUUUUUGUUGGAAAUCUUAAAGUUUUCCUUUUGGCAGAGAGUCUUGGUUCAGUUGAAAGCCUUGCAGAAAUACCGUCAUUGAUGACUCAUGCAUCUGUUCCUAAGGAACAAAGAGAACAGUUAGGAAUAAGUGACAAUUUGGUGAGACUGUCAGUAGGUAUUGAAGAAGAGACUGAUCUUAUUGCAGAUUUGAAUCAAGCUUUACAAAAAUCGCAAAAGCCAUAAUGUGUUCAAGCAAGAAGGACUUGUAAAAUGCAAUUGUAAUUAGGCAAAGAAUUAUAUUUUGAAGGAUGAAUAGAUUUGAUCUGAAGAAUUUAGAAAAAAAAAAAAAAAAAAUUAUGUAAUUCUUACAUUCCUUGUAAAUUUUAAUGCUUUAUUUCCAUGAAAUAAAUUUUCUAUUCCUUAUUUUAUUUAUUAAAAUAAGUGCAAUUGUAAUUUCAUUUCUGAUUUUAUGUAAAUUACAGCUUUUAAUUUUUUAAUGCUUUAUUACCAUGUAAUAUGUAACAGAAUAAAAGUGUCUAAUUUCAGUUAA